AUGAGUCCAUCAGCUAUCCACACCGAUCCAAACGAAGCCAUCAUUGCGUCUUUGACGCAGCAAUUCAAAGAUAAGGUUGGUGUUGGUUUCACAAAGAAUGCCGUAAAGGACCUUCCUGCACCAGCCGUUAAGCGCUACCAGAAAUAUGGUGUUGAUCUUUCCAAGGGUUAUCCGGAGAGACCCACUGAAAUUCCAGUUUUCCUGGACGAGGCCUACAAAGUGAGAGGAGAGGGUUUCGAGUUCACUGACCGCGGUAUAAAUGCUGAUCCUGAGAAAAAGGCUUUAUUCGGGGCAGCCAAAGAGGUUAUCAAUCUGACCAAGUACAUUGGUACUGAAAUUGUGGGACUGCAACUUUCGGAAUUGACCAACCAACAGCGUGACGAACUGGCCAGACUAAUUGCUGAGAGAACGGUUGUUUUUUUCAGAGACCAGGAUCUUUCUCCCCAGAAGCAAUUGGAGUUGGGUAAGUACUUCGGUACUCCCGAGGUUCACCCUUUGGUUCCCCAUGUUCCAGGUUUGGAGGGUAUCACUGUUUUGUGGCCUCACCUGCAGGAGCUAGAUACCGGGAAGGCUUCCUUCAAGCAUCCGGUUGGAACUGCUUUCUGGCACACCGACCUGACCCACGAAUACCAGCCCCCAGGAAUCACUCAUUUGCACAAUGACACCAUUCCAGACUUGGGUGGUGACACUAUUUGGGUUUCUGGAUACGGUGCUUACGAUAAGCUGUCGCCAGCUUUCCAAGAGUUCCUGGACGGUAAGACAGCCAUCUACAGUUCUGCUCACGCUUACAUCGACAGAAACGACCCAUUGAAGGGUCCAGUUCAUGUUGAAAGGGAGCAUCCUUUGGUCAGAACCCAUCCUGUCACAGGUUGGAAGGCGUUGUUCGUCAACAAGAAAUACACGAAGAGAAUUGUUGGUCUGGAACCACAAGAGUCGAAGGCCAUAUUGGACUAUUUGUUCAGCGUGUUUGAAUCCAACUUGGACCUACAGGUUAGGUUCAACUGGAAGCCCACCAAGCCGGGUGUUGGUACCUCUGCCCUUUGGGAUAACAGAAUCAGUCAACAUUUUGCAGUCUGGGAUUACGAAGGUACUGAACCAAGACACGGUACCAGAGUCACCUCAUUGGCUGAAAAGCCUUUCUUUGACCCAAACUCCAAGUCUCAGCGUCAAUCUUUGGGAUUGCCACUCAAUUGA